AGGUACGGGAUCACGGAACAAUAAAUUCGCCUACUACAACAUAGACCAGGACAUACUCAUUGUACAACGAACGGGUAGUCGCAGGCGCGCAGCUAGGUGAAAUAAGUAGAAAGAUUAUCAGGAGGAAAUGGCCACCGUCGUCUCCCGGCCCACCCCGUCCUUCGGGCGCGGCGCGCUCGGGCAGAAACGGCUGCUGAAGGAGUACAAGCAGAUGCAGGAGAUGGCGAAGAACAAGGAGGAUAUGAACGGAAUCUACGCCGAGCCCAGCCCGGACAACUUGUUCGUCUGGUACUUUUUGUUCGAGCCGGAAGAAGAGCCCUAUUCCCGCGGCCAGUACCUCGGGAAGGUCGUGCUCCCGGAGGAGUACCCGUUCAAGCCCCCCGAACUGUACAUGCUAACGCCGAACGGGCGGUUCGAGGUGAACACGAAGAUCUGCACCACCAUGAGUUCCUACCAUCCGGAAACCUGGAAGUCGAUUUGGACGAUCCGGACGGUUUUGCUAGGGUUGCUGUCCUACUUCCACGAAACCGGCUCCCUCGGAAUCGGCUGCACGCUGACUCCGGAAUUUCGGAAGAAGCAACUGGCCGAGCAGAGUUGGGGCUGGAACAAAAAGCACGUGGUGGCGGGGAUGCUCUUUGCAGACCGGCUCUUCGACGAAAACCCGAAGGUGGAAAAAGCGGAGAUCAUGUUGAACCCGGUUUUUACUUCGUUUUUCCGGGCCGCGGGGGACUUUGUCAUGGCGCCGUUCAAGGGGGCUGCGCUGGGCUGUGAGCAGUGUCAGAAAAACCCAGACACGAACAAGGAGGAAGAAGAAAUCGAGAUUUCGCCUGUGAAACCGAAAAGAGAUGUUGAUGACCCGGUAGUGAAAUUCGAAUCUGGCGGCGGGAAAAAGACGGAACAAGAGGAACAUCAAGGGGGUGGAGAAACGGGAUCAACAGCGGGUCAAAUGGGUGGCGGUCUGGGGCUUGUCGGAAAGCAGGACGGUGAUGGCGAGGUCGAGGAACAGCUGCAGGCAGGGGAGUUGUUUAGACAGGUUCUCCCGGCGAAAAAAUUGUUUGAGACGUCCUCGACUCACGACGAGCACGGCAACGAGCAGGUCAGCAGCAAUGGCGGCGGUCGUGGUGCUUCUGCUUCCUCCGGUAAAGAGGUACCGCAGGAAAAGGGAGGAGAAGACGAGGGUGGUGAUCUUCGUCGUGUUACGCACGUGCCGUCUCCGACCCGGAACCGCUCCUGGUGGGCGUUGUAGUGCCUGAAAUGUCAUGAAGACUUUGCGGGAAGGAGUUUGGAGGGAUCAUUUGGAUGUGAGGUACUGGUGUUGAAGAUGUCAGCUUACUACUACGUGUAUUUUUGAAGAAAAUAUAGUAACAAUCUCAGAGUGCAAUAAAAACUUUGUUUGUAAACGUAAGAGCAAUUAUUUAUGCACAAGUGCCGUUCGUACUAGAACUAGUGUAGUUGUAGAAUUCAGUUUGCAGAACCAGAAGCAGAUAUAGGUAGUCCUGAUUUGAAAUUUCUGGAUGAAGACGAGUUUGUAGGCGUUCUAAAGUAAGAUAAACCUAAGAAGACCUGUUGUUGCUCUGACCAUUGUGCAAAGUGAAAGACUGGAAACAGGACCCAGGAAUGUGUACGCCACUACCCCUGUGACCUGUUAGGAGUCGAG